UGCGCUCGUACGACUGGUUGCUUCUAAAUUUGGCUUCGCAGCGGCAGGCUGCUACAGUCGGUGAGGUGGUCGCUCCGCCGGUGCUGCUGUGUGAGGAUGUGAACGUUAACGGAGGCUGUAGGAAAUUAUCCGAUACAUGCGUGACGACGGGACGCCGUGGACAAGCUCACUCGCAGAGAAGCAAGGUCAUGAUGUGUCAAAAGUCGAUGCUUAGCAGGAAAAAUCAUCAGAAAAUAGAGGAUUCGUUGUUAGUUCAGAAGGAGACUAUUUAAGCUGUGUGCGCAUAGAAUAACGCGCGGGAGAUUUUGGAGAAGGCUGAAACAACUCCUGCUUUCAUUCUCAUACUGAAUGGACUUUUGAAAUACUGUUUAAAAGACUGACGGCCAGCCAGAGGUCCGAGGAUGUUUCUACUCUUCACGGAACCUGCACACAGCCCGCUGACCGGCCACUGACUGACCUUUUACGCACGGGGGAAGAUCCGUGCCCACACGUUUUGUUUUCCUUUUUAUGUGGAUGAACUUUGCAAUACGUUUUUAAUGAUUCGAGAUCUGAGCAAGAUGUACCCCCCGGCACGGCAUCCGGUCCCCCACCAGCCGGGACAGCCGUUAAAGUUCACUGUCACCGAGUCCUGCGACCGGAUCAAGGAGGAGUUCCACUUCCUGCAAGCCCAGUACCACAGUCUGAAACUGGAGUGUGAGAAACUGGCCAGUGAGAAAACUGAGAUGCAGAGGCACUAUGUCAUGUACUAUGAGAUGUCGUACGGACUCAACAUCGAGAUGCACAAGCAGGCGGAGAUCGUCAAACGGCUGAACGCAAUCUGCGCCCAAGUCAUCCCCUUCCUCUCUCAAGAGCAUCAGCAGCAGGUGGUGCAGGCGGUGGAGCGGGCCAAGCAGGUCACCAUGGCUGAACUCAACGCCAUCAUAGGACAGCAGCUCCAGGCCCAGCACCUCUCCCACGGCCAUGCCAUCCCCAUCCCGCUCACACCACACCCUGCGGGCCUCCAGCCCCCCCUGGCCCCCGGGGCCGGUACUGCCAGCCUGUUGGCUCUGUCUUCCGCCCUGAGCCACCAGCUGCCGCUCAAAGACGAUAGGAAACACCACGACAACAACAACAGCGAACACCCGAGAGACAGAGACUCGGUCAAGAGCUCUUCUGUGUCUCCUUCGGCCAGUUUUCGGACCCGAGAGAAGCACAGGAGUUCAAGCGAUUACUCCUCCGAGAGCAAGAAACAGAAGACCGACGAUAAGGAGCUGGCCUCUACGCGCUAUGAAAGUGAUGGAGAGAAGAGCGAUGACAACUUGGUUGUGGACGUCUCCAACGAGGAUCCAGCGUCUCCGAGAGGAAGUCCUGCCCACUCGCCUCGGGAGAACGGAUUGGACAAGAGUCGCCUGUUGAAGAAGGACGCUCCGCUGAGUCCGUCCUCCAUCGCCUCCUCCAGCAGCACACCUUCAUCCAAAUCCAAAGAGAUUAAUUUGAACGAGAAAUCCACAACACCGGUAUCCAAGUCCAGCACCCCAACAUCCCGCUCUGACGCCCCGACACCCAGCAGCACCGCCACCCCGGGCCUGAGGUCUGCACCUGGUAAACCGCCAGGAGUCGAGGUGCUGGCUCCUGGUCUCCGCACGCCGCUGGCAGUGCCCUGCUCAUACCCCAGCCCAUUUGCAAUGGUUCCCCACCCAGGUAUGAACGGAGAGCUGAGUGGAGCUGGAGCAGCCUACACCGGCCUGCAUAACAUCUCUCCACAGAUGAGCGCGGUGGCUGCUGCUGCAGUGGCAGCCUAUGGACGCACACAAGUGGUGGGAUUCGAUCCUCACCAUCACAUACGUGUCCCUGGCCUUCCUCCCAACCUGUCAGGCAUUCCUGGUGGAAAACCAGCGUACUCCUUUCAUGUGAGCGCUGAUGGACAAAUGCAGCCUGUGCCUUUUCCCCCGGACGCGCUGAUCGGCCCAGGCAUCCCGCGCCACGCACGACAGAUCAAUACUCUCAGCCAUGGGGAGGUGGUGUGUGCUGUCACCAUCAGUAACCCGACGCGUCAUGUCUACACCGGCGGUAAGGGCUGCGUCAAGGUGUGGGACAUCAGUCACCCGGGAAACAAGACCCCUGUAUCCCAGCUCGACUGCCUUAACAGAGAUAACUACAUCCGUUCCUGUCGGCUACUUCCGGAUGGGCGGACUCUGAUCGUCGGGGGCGAGGCAAGUACUCUGUCAAUCUGGGAUCUGGCUACACCAACUCCACGAAUCAAGGCUGAACUAACUUCGUCAGCACCUGCCUGCUACGCUCUGGCCAUCAGCCCCGACUCCAAGGUCUGCUUUUCCUGCUGCUCCGAUGGAAACAUAGCCGUGUGGGAUCUUCACAACCAGACUCUGGUUAGGCAGUUCCAGGGCCACACCGAUGGAGCCAGCUGUAUAGACAUCUCUAAUGACGGAACCAAGCUGUGGACUGGAGGGCUGGACAACACCGUGCGGUCCUGGGACCUGAGAGAGGGACGGCAGCUGCAGCAGCACGACUUCACCUCCCAGAUCUUUUCACUGGGAUACUGUCCAACGGGGGAGUGGCUGGCAGUCGGGAUGGAGAACAAUAAUGUGGAGGUUUUACACGUCACCAAACCUGACAAGUACCAGCUCCACCUGCAUGAAAGCUGCGUGCUGUCACUCAGAUUCGCUCACUGUGGGAAGUGGUUUGUGAGCACAGGAAAAGACAAUCUGCUCAACGCAUGGAGAACCCCAUAUGGAGCCAGCAUAUUCCAGUCGAAGGAGUCGUCGUCAGUGCUGAGCUGUGACAUCUCCAUAGAUGAUAAGUACAUCGUGACGGGCUCAGGAGAUAAGAAGGCAACUGUCUACGAGGUCAACUACUAGGUCAUCCUUCCAUCCCUGUGGGGUCUUCACCAACUAUGUACAAUUUUUAAUGUGUAUAAAAUGGAUUUGAAUGGAACUAAUUUUUCGGACAGUGACCUUUUUGACCUUUUAGCUGGUUGUGGAUCAAAAUGAACAAGCAGAACCAAGCACAGAGAUUGUUUUUUUUUUUUUUUUUACUGAGUGGCUUUUUGUUGUUGUGAGGAUGAAUGAAUGUCCGUGUGCACUGAAUCUGGAGACGAAGCUGUUGGCCAGAAAACAUUCCUUUACACUUUUAGCCCUCUUUUUUUAACUGACAAGCAGCUGAAAUGUGAGCAUUGUUGUUCACAUGCUUUGUGAGUGCCUGAAGGCUGGAAAAGUAUCAGGGCUGGCUCAUUUUCAGCUGAACUUCAGAUUUGGCACAACAUAAACAUACUUAUCUAAAAGUGGCAACACUGGUAAAUAUCAUAUUUAAAAAGUUUCUUUUUAAAACUUCAUGUCAUUGUUUUCCUCUAUUCAGUUUGCUACCAAUUUUAUUUCACAUCCUGAUAAACUAUGACACUGUUUAUGUGCUUAAUUCCAUCUUUCAGGCGUUUGUUUCCAUCGAUGCACACUACAAACACUCAACAAAUAUAUCCACGGCUUUAUUCAGUAACAACUUCCUGUGGAUCGGUUUUGUCUCAUUUUUGCCUUCAAGGGAUAGUUUAGGUUUUUUUAAAGUGGGAUCACAUGAGGUACUUGUCCAUAGUCAGUGUAUUACCUACAGUAGAUGAUGGUACGCACGGCCUCAGUUUGAAGAAGCAGACAGUAGUGUUGACACGGACGCUAAGCAAUAUUUAAUUGUGGACAGGCGCAGCAGCAAAACCUAUUUUACCAGGUUUUGCUGGUAUAAAAAAGUAUGUCUGUUGUAUGUGUACGUUAUAUUAAAAAUGUUUUCAUACCUUUAUCUUGCCGUCAAACAGACUUGUUUAGGUGCAUGAAGGGGAAACUGAAGCAGUUAUCUAUUGUCAAAGCAACCAGACUUCAUUGACAGAAACAGUAAUUUUAGCUUUCAGAACACAGGGGUCUGUUUUGUUAUUGUGUGACCUUGGUGUUUUAAAAGGUCAGUUCUGGUUCACCAAAAUCACACAAUAACAUAAAUUCACUAAACGAUCUAGGCAGUUGUAGACCAGCAGAUCCCAUGUUCUGCAUGGUUAAAUAACUAUUUUUGUCAAUGGAGUCUGGUGGCUUUGAUGAGAGCAUUGAGAAUGGUUUUAGUUCCCCCUCAUGUAAACUUGCUGUCUGACAGCAAGGUAAAGCAAAGAACAUUUUUUUAAUAUAGUGUAAAAUUAAACUGAUAUUUAUUUAUUUUUGGGGGGGUCUAAAAUAAUAAAUACUAAAUGCUAUAAAAUUGUAAAUACUUAAAUAGGUUUUGCUGCUGCCUCAGUCUUUAGAGGGCUUGGCUUAGCUUCUGUGCUUGCUGGUACUCCUGCCUGUUGCUCUUGACUGCAGGUGUGCUGACCACCAUCUACUGUAGGUAAUACACUGACUGCGGAAAAGUAACUCAGAUAUUACCCCACCUAAAAAAAAUCAAGCUAUCCCUUUAAUGCCUCAUACCAAAUUUGCUGUUUUAUUUAAAAUAUCAAGACACUUUUGUUUGUGUCUUGAGUCUUGUGUGUGUGCGUGUGUGCGUGCAUGUGUGCGCGCGUGUGUGUGUGUGUGUGUUUUGAACCUGUGGGCAUUGAACAAACAAACUAACGAGAUUGCCCUCAGUGCCCUCACUACUGUGUGACCUUUGCCCUUGGUUCUGCCCCCUCAGUUCAGACUCCUCUGGAUGCUACUGGAUUCUGUCUGAUAGAUGAA